CCGAUGACGUGAAGCGGAGCGCACGCAGCAAACUCUUUAAACCCGCCUGUUGUCCAGCAGCGCGCGCACACCGCUCCCUUUACAAAAGCCCCCUGGACAAAAUGUUUAUCUGCCUCAAACGCAACAUUUGCCUCGGUUGAAACCGCCAUGUAGUCUGCCGCGCCGAGGCUCUGGGAGAUUGUGUAUUUCUCUGGAUCUUUGCGGUUCGGGAGCAGCGGUGCGCGGCUUGCUGGUCCGGUGUGUCUGCUGUGCGGGAUCCGGUGACCGCCGGGCUGGACAGGCCACUAUGCUCGGGCCGUGGGCUGCGCUCUGGAUCGCAGCUGUGCUCCUGUGCGGGGCGGUGGCACAGUACUCCAGCGACCAGUGUAGCUGGCGGGGAAGUGGUCUGAGCCAUGAGUCUCAUCGCAGAGAUGUGGAGCAGGUCUACCUACGUUGCUCUCAGGGCUCUCUGGAGUGGCUCUACCCAACAGGAGCCAUUAUUGUCAACCUGCGACCAAACACAGAGCCCUCAUCAGGACACAUGGCAGGUCUCCAUGUGUGCAUCAAACCGUACACGUACUCCCAGGGUUCUCAUGUUUAUCUGGAGCGUGCCGGGGAUCUGACACUGCUGCUCCCGGAGAAGGACCACGCUGAGGGCACAGUGCACUGUUUCAGUCUGCCAGAGGGAGCUCUCUUUGUGGAGGCUGUCCCUCAGACAGACAUCAGCCGGAGGAUCACAGCUUUCCAGUACGAGCUGGUGCCCAGUCAGGGCCCCGGUGCACACAUGUACCCGUACCUGCACCCUGGUUUAGUCACCUGUAAACCCUGUUCAGAUGAAGAGAUCCUCAUGGCUGUUUGUACCAGUGACUUUGCUGGCAGUGGUAUCUUUCAAGGUGUGGCAUCAGAUACUCACACCCCCUCCCCUGUUGCGGUGACUCUGACUCGACUGUUUCGUCAGAAGGGCAGGAUGUUUGUUUGGCGUGGAUCCAGACGGCGACGAUGGACUGGACGCAUCAAUGUUCCUGCACAGUGUGGUGUGCGGCCCGGAGGGGAUGAGUACCUUUUGACUGGCUCUGUUCAUUUUGGUGAAGCCUGGCUUGGCUGUGCUCCUCGCUACAAGGACUUCCUGAAGCUGUACAUCAGAGCACAGAAAGCAGGAACAAACCUCUGUCAUAUAGAUGUAGUCUGAGAGAUCUGUCUAUGGUUCUGGGUAUAACAGAAGGAUGUCAGAAAAGUCAGUGAGAAAGACACAGAGAGGCAAACGGAGUUACUGCCCUCUGGCCACACACUGAAGGCUGCAGGCUGUGGGCUCUUUUCAGUGCUGUGCUGUUCAGUUGGACACUUGGAACAUUUUAGUAGCCGCUGUGCUGCCUGCAAUGUCCCCAUUUGACUUGUAUGCCGUGUGUGUAAAUGUAUUUUUGCAUGAAUGAGACAGCAAAUGAGUGAUUGUUGAGCUUAAAUUAAUUUAGUGUCAAAUUGGUUAAUGUUUUUAUUCUCAUGAUGAUGCAGCUUGUGUGAUCAUUCUUGAAAUGAAAGUUUGCUUUGCAAAAAGCUUUCUGUAAAAUUUAGGAGUCUUCUGAGAGAAGUGAACAGUAUGCAGCUCUGUGAGUCUUUAUGUAUGGUGUGUGUGUGUGUUUUGCUAUUAUGUUCAAAGGUUCUAUAUAUUUACAGAAAAUAAAAGGUCAUCCUGUU